AGAAUAGGGGAAAUCCCUAUUUGUCUUCUCAGAUGAUAUUUUUUUGUCUCUUGACAUUUAUGAGGAAAUAAGAAACGGGCUUACUCGAAGGAAAGUUGAGGUAUCUUAUUUGCAGUUUUUGUCUACUCUUGUUGGCAAUGAAAUCGGAUUUUGUCUCCAGCUUUUUUGUGUUAUGUUUAUAUAUCUCAUAUUGUUACGGCCAAACCAACAUUUUCGCCGGAUAUGCAACCAGUGAGUUUGUGAGGAAGCUAGACCGUCGAUGCUCCAUCAAUCUCUGCCUGAAAAGGCGGUGUUACAACGGAGGGACAUGUAAGCUUAUGAAGACCGACUGCUCGCCAAAAUGCGAGUGUACAAAUAAUUUCACGGGCAAGCACUGUCUGAUUCCACGGGGUGCAGGUUCUAAUUCGAUACUGGUCCGAGGUAGAACAGAUACUGGUAAAAAACCAAGGGAGGCGUUUCAGCUUUCAACGAGUUUGGAAGCGGUACCAACAAAGCAUUCUUCCAUUGAGAACUGUGCCUCCAUGCCCUGUGUCCAUGGCGUAUGUAAGGAGACAAGGUGGGAAAGUUUAAACAACGUGACAGUACAUUAUUGUCGCUGUGACAAGCUAUGGACGGGUAUAAACUGCGACGAAUUCUGUGACUUGCCGUGCCAGAAUGGGGGGACGUGUGAGCUAUUGCCAACGACUAAAGAGAUGAUUUGCAACUGUCAACUUGGGCACAUGGGUAGACUGUGUGAUACAAAGGCCACUAUCGCAUAUUACAAAGGCGUCACAAGAAUAAAAGACCCGUCAGACUCAAAACCAACAGACGACUUUUUAUCUCCCUCAUUGGCAAAAUGGAUAUGGUUCAUGAUGGGAGUGGUAUCGGUCACACUGGUGAUCACCGCACUUGCCCUCUGUGUGGCGGUUUAUCAAAAAUGUCUGAGACGAAAAUCUGGGCGCCUCACCCCCCAAGCACCCCAGGACCAACAGGGAAUCUGAUUUCCAACUGCAAGUUCUGUCUUAUUACUUGAACAAGUGGGAUCACAGUAUUUGGGGG